GUUUUUUAAUUGAUUAAAAAAAGUGUAUAGUUUUGCAAACAACAAAAUCAUGAUCUUGCUAAUUUUUAUUUUGGCUAUGAGCCAGUUAGUUUUAUCUAGCUAUUAUCCAUAUAAUAAUUUUGGUGGUAAUAUUUAUAAUUAUAAAAAGGAUUAUGGUUACAGUGAUGUUGGAUAUGGUUAUGACAAUUAUUACAACAAUCAUUACGGACAUGGAUACGGACACAUACCAUACCAUCACUACAAAGGAUAUGGUAUUGUUAAACAAUUGCCACCCAUUUAUAAGGACGUGAAGCAACCGGUAUAUGUGGAACAACCGAUAAUCAUACGUAAGAUACCAGUGAUUCAUAAGAAAAAAGUAGUGACCGUCAAAAAGCAACCACCGAUUUAUGAUACCAAUCCUAAGACAACUGUUGUCGAAAAAGAUUAUGAAAAGGGAGGCCACGGAAAGUCACGGCCAGAGUAUGAUAUUAUGCCUAAAGAGGAAAUGAUGGAGAAGCCGAUGAAAGAUAAAAUGGGCGGUGAGUACGAACCGGAGAUGACUGAGCUGGACAUUGAUAGACGAAGAGAGGUUAUGCCAGACAGGGAUAUGCCGAUGAAAGAAGGCUUCAAUCAGCAGAAGAUAAUGAAUGAAAAUAAAGAUAUGAGGGUUGAGUCCAUGGAUAGGGAUAGUGAACAACCGGUUAGCGAUUUUAAUCCCAAAGAUUUUGAACAAUAAUAAUACUUAAGUAAAUUAAUAAUUAUAUUUAUUAUUAAAU